GGAUCCUUUAUCCUUUUUUUUUUGGGUACAUUAACCCCUUUAAGCCGGGCGAAACUGGAGUACUCACAUAGACAAGGUUCUCCCAUGCCCUCCCCCCCCUGCCCAUCAUCCAUCAUUGACCAAUCCCAGACCCCAUCAAGCCAUCCCAACGACAACCCAUUGCCCCUGGACUCUGACGAAGAGGAGGAGGAGGAGGAGGAGGUGGAUGAGUUGGACUAUGCAGCUCGGUUGUACUUGCAUGUAACUCAUGAUCAACCGUCCAAUCACCAUGGCUCAAUGCUGCCUCCGGUCCCGCCCCCUCACCGCCAGCAGCCUUCGGUGACGGCCCUCAACCACUCCCUGAGCACCGCACACCACGCUGGCCACACCCUCAACUCCUCACGGCACCUAGCCCCUCCCACUGGAAGCCCGGCCCCCACGGCCGGCCAAUCACCAGCCGAGCUGCAGACCACGCCCCCCGAGAGCGUCCCGCUGCAAGACAGCUGGGUGCUUGGUAGCAAUGUGCCUCUGGAGACAAGGCACUUCCUCUUUAAGACCGGCACAGGCACCACUCCCCUCUUCUCCACGGCGACCCCAGGCUACACCAUGGCAACGGGUUCAGUGUACUCCCCGCCCACCCGGCCGCUGCCCAGGAACACCCUCUCGCGCUCCGCCUUUAAGUUUAAGAAGUCCUCCAAGUACUGCUCGUGGAGGUGCACGGCUCUCAGUGCAGUAGGACUGUCUGUGCUGCUGUCCAUCCUGCUGUGCUACUGCAUCGCCAUGCAUCUGUUUGGACUGAACUGGCAGUUGCAGGAGAGCGAAAGCUACGGGGCAUUCGAGAAUGGUGCGGGAGCGAGGGACACCACUCCGAACAGCGUCAUGAUUCCUGCCGACACCAGCAAGAUGUUCCUGGUGGAAAACAACACCAUAGACACCGGGGAGGUGGACGUGGGGAGGAGAGCUAUUCAAGAUGUACCCCCAGGCAUUUUUUGGCGCUCCCAAAUAUACAUUGACCAACCUCAGUUUUUGAAGUUCAACAUUUCGGUCCAGAGAGACGCACUGGUUGGAGUCUACGGACGCAAGGGCCUCCCGCCCUCCCACACACAGUAUGACUUUGUGGAGCUCCUGGACGGCAGCCGGCUCCUGUCCAAGGAGAAGCGCUCCCUCAGCGACGCGGAGGCCGGCCGCGGCCACGCCCCCAGCACCCGCGAGGGAGAUGGCCUCCGGGCGGCCCGCCGCGCCCGCUCCGUCAACGUGCAUGAGGCCGGCUUCAUCCAGUUCAUGGACACGGGGAUCUGGCAUCUGGCCUUCUACAACGACGGGAGGAACGGCGAGCAGGUCUCCUACAACACCAUCGUCAUUGAGUCAAUUAUGGAGUGCCCUCAGAAUUGUCAUGGCAACGGAGAUUGUCUCUCGGGAACGUGUCACUGUUUUCCAGGUUUCCUUGGGCCUGACUGUUCUAGAGCUGCAUGCCCCUUGCUGUGCAGCGGAAACGGGCAGUACUCGCGCGGCCGCUGCCAGUGCUACAGCGGCUGGAAGGGCACCGAGUGCGACGUUCCGUCCAACCAGUGCGUGGACAUCCACUGCGGCGGGCACGGCGUCUGCAUCGUGGGCGCCUGCAUCUGUAACACGGGCUACAAGGGGGACAACUGUGAAGAAGUGGACUGCAUCGACCCCAGCUGCUCGGCCCACGGCGUGUGUAUCCACGGCGAGUGUCACUGUCAGCCCGGCUGGGGCGGGGCCAGCUGCGAGCUGGCCAAGGCCAUGUGUCCCGACCAGUGCUCCGGACACGGGACGCACGACGCCGAGAGCAGCACCUGCGCUUGCGACCAGAACUGGACCGGGCCCGACUGCUCCCUGGAGGUGUGCACCGUGGACUGCGGCAGCCGGGGGGUGUGCUACGGGGGGCAGUGCCGCUGCGAGGAGGGCUGGACGGGCACCGUGUGUGACCAGAAGGCCUGUCAUCCCCUCUGCACCAAGAACGGCAUUUGCAAGGAUGGCAAGUGUGAGUGCGACCAGGGAUGGACCGGGGAGCACUGCAAUAUUGAGGGUUGUCCAGGCUUGUGUAACAACAAUGGCCGCUGCACCCUGGAAGCCAGCGGCUGGCAUUGUGUCUGCCAGGCGGGAUGGAGAGGAGCUGGCUGUCACGUCGCCAUGGAGAUGGUCUGUACCGACGGCAAGGACAACGAAGGAGAUGGUCUUGUUGAUUGCAUGGACCCAGAUUGCUGUCUGCAGCCCUCCUGUCAGAGCCAGUUAUACUGCAGAGGGUCACCUGACCCCAGCGAGGUGCUCAACCAGUCUCCAGCAGCACUGGUACCUCAGCAGGUGGCUAGGUCUUUCUACCAGCGGAUCCACUUCCUGCUGGGCCCAGAGUCCACCCAUGUCAUCACGGGGGACAGCCCCUUCAACAAGAGCUUGGCGUCCAUCAUCAGAGGGCAGGUCUUGACCGCAGACGGGACGCCACUGAUUGGUGUCAACGUGACGUUCGUCCACUACGCAGAACAUGGAUACACCAUCACACGCCAGGACGGCAUGUUCGACCUGUUGGCUAACGGAGGCGCCUCCCUGACCCUGAGCUUCGAGCGAUUGCCGUUCCUCACGCAGUACCGGACCGUCUGGGUCCCAUGGAACGUCUUCUACGUCAUGGACACCCUGAUCAUGAAAAAGGAGGAGAACGAGAUCCCCAGCUGUGACCUCAGCGGGUUCAUCAGACCCAGUCCCAUCAUCGUGGCGUCUCCACUGUCCACAUGCUACCGCAGCUCUCCUGAGGACGGACCCAUCGUCCCUGAAACCCAGGUGCUGCAGGAGGAGACCACCAUCCCAGGGAGCGACCUCAACCUGGUGUACCUGAGCUCCCGAGCAGCGGGAUACAAGCCCGUCCUCAAAGUCACCAUGACCCAGUCCGCCGUGCCCUUCAACCUCAUGAAGGUUCAUCUGAUGGUGGCAGUGGUGGGUCGCCUCUUCCAGAAGUGGUUUCCAGCCCAGCCCAACCUCUCAUACACUUUCAUUUGGGACAAGACGGACGCUUACAGUCAACGCGUCUAUGGACUGUCAGAGGCCGUCGUGUCGGUGGGCUAUGAGUACGAGUCCUGCUUGGACCUGAUCUUGUGGGAGAAGAGGACCGCAGUCCUGCAGGGAUAUGAACUAGAUGCCUCCAACAUGGGGGGCUGGACCCUGGACAAGCACCACAUACUGGAUGUCCAGAAUGGUAUCCUGUACAAGGGCAACGGAGAAAAUGUAUUCAUCUCCCAACAGCCUCCUGUUCUCAGCAGCAUCAUGGGCAACGGCCGCCGGCGCAGCAUCUCCUGCCCCAGCUGUAACGGGCAGGCCGAGGGCAACAAGCUGCUGGCCCCGCUGGCCCUGGCCUGCGGUGCCGAGGGGAGCAUCUUCGUUGGAGACUUCAACUACAUCAGGAGGAUCUUCCCCUCGGGCAAUGUGACCAGCGUCAUGGAGCUCAGUAACAACCCAGCCCACCGCUACUACCUGGCAACCGACCCGGUGACCGGACAGCUGUACGUGUCUGACACCAACUCCCGGCGCAUCUACCGGCCCAAGCUUCUCAGUGGCGCGCGGGAACUCAUAGGUAAUGGGGAGGUGGUGGCCGGUACGGGAGAACAAUGCCCUCCGUUUGAUGAAGCACGAUGUGGAGAUGGGAGGAAGGCUACUGAAGCACAACUCCUAGGACCUAAAGGCAUCGCAGUGGACAAGAACGGCUUCAUCUACUUUGUGGACGGAACCAUGAUCCGAAAGGUGGACAGGAACGGCAUCAUCUCCACGCUGCUCGGGAGCAACGACCUGACCUCUGCACGACCCCUGACCUGCGACACCAGCAUGCACAUAAGACAGGUUCGCUUGGAGUGGCCGACAGACCUGGCCAUCAACCCUAUGGACAACUCCAUAUAUGUGCUGGACAACAACAUCGUGCUUCAGAUCACUGAGAACAGACAGGUCCGCAUCGUGGCGGGCCGCCCCAUGCACUGCCAGGUCCCGGGCGUGGAGUACACCCUGGGGAAGCGGGCGGUGCAGACCAUGCUGGAGGGCGCCACCGCCAUCGCUCUGUCCUACAGCGGCAUCCUGUACAUCGCCGAGACGGACGAGAAGAAACUCCACCGCAUCCGGCAGGUUUCUACGGACGGGGAGAUCACCUAUCUGGCCGGAGCGCCCUCUGACUGCGACUGCAAGAACGACGCCAACUGCGACUGCUACCAGACGGGGGACGGAUACGCCAAGGACGCGCGGCUCAACUGUCCGUCGUCCCUGGUGGUGUCUCCGGACGGCACGCUGUAUGUGGCCGACCUGGGGAACAUCCGCAUCCGGGCGGUGCGCCGCAACCAGCCGCCCACCGGUUCUCUGGCUUCAGGUCCAAGUUCCUACGAGGUAGCCUCACCAGCCUCCCAGGAGCUGUACGUGUUUGACUCCAACGGAACCCACCAGUUCACCAUGUCCCUUGUUACUGGCGAUUACAAAUACAACUUCAGCUACAGCAAUGAGGAAGAUGUAACUGCUGUUACCGACAGCAGCGGGAACACACUGCGCAUCCGGAGAGACACAAAUAGAAUGCCGGUUCGAGUGGUUGCCCCCGACAACCAGGUCAUCUGGUUGACCAUCGGGACCAACGGAGGACUGAAGUCCCUCACGGCUCAGGGACAGGAGCUGGUGUUGUUCAGCUACCACGGGAACAGCGGCCUCCUGGCCACCAAGAGCAUCCAGAUCGGCUGGACCACCUUCUACGACUACGACAGCGAGGGCCGGCUGACCAACGUGACCUUCCCCACGGGCGUGGUCACCAACCUCCACGGAGACAUGUCCUCCGGCUCCGUGGUGGUGGACAUUGAGACAUCGGGCCGGGACGAAGACGUGUCCAUCACCACCAACCUCUCCUCGAUCGACUCCUUCUACACACUCGUCCAGGACCAACUGCGCAACAGUUACGAGGUGGGAAACGACCAUUCCCUCAGAGUCAUCUACGCCAACGGGAUGGAAACCCACUACCAGACCGAGCCCCACAUCCUGGCAGGCGCCGCCAACCCCACCGUGGCCCGACGCAACAUGACACUGCCGGGCGAGAGCGGGCAGAACCUGGUGGAGUGGCGGUUCCGGAAGGAGCAGACCCGCGGGAAGGUGAUCGUGUUCGGGAGGAAGCUCCGGGUAAAUGGCAGGAACCUGUUGUCUGUGGAUUACGACCGCUCUCUGCGAACCGAGAAGAUUUACGAUGACCACCGCAAGUUCCUCCUGAAGAUCAUCUAUGACACCCAAGGCCACCCGUCACUCUGGGUGCCCAGCAGCAAGCUGCUGUCUGUCAACCUGACCUACUCCAGUACUGGUCAGGUGACUGGCCUACAGCGGGGUCCCACCACAGAGAAAUGGGAGUACGACCUCCAGGGACGAAUCGUAUCCCGGGUGUUCGCCGACGGAAAGACCUGGGGCUACACCUACCUGGACAAGUCCAUGGUGCUGCUCCUGCACAGUCAGCACCAGUACAUCUUUGACUACGACGCGGGGGACCGGCUGUCAGCCGUGACCAUGCCCAGCGUGGCGCGCCACACCAUGCAGACGGUGCGCUCCAUCGGCUACUACAGGAACAUCUACAGCCCCCCUGAGAGCAACGCCUCCGUCACCAUCGACUACUCCGAGGACGGACAGCUCCUCAGAGUUGCCCACCUGGGAACCGGUCGUCGUAUCCUGUAUAAGUAUCGCAGACAGAACAAGCUGGCGGAGAUCCUGUACGACUCGACGCGGGUCAGCUUCACCUACGACGAGACGGCGGGCGUGCUGAAGACGGUCAACCUGCAGAGCGAGGGCUUCAUCUGCUCCAUCCGCUACCGACAGAUCGGCCCGCUGGUGGACCGGCAGAUCUUCCGCUUCAGCGAGGACGGCAUGGUGAACGCCCGCUUCGACUACACCUACGACAACAGCUUCAGGGUGACCAGCAUGCAGGCCGUCAUCAACGAGACGCCGCUGCCCAUCGACCUGUACCAGUUCGACGACAUCUCGGGGAAGGUGGAGCAGUUCGGGAAGUUUGGCGUCAUCUACUACGACAUCAACCAGAUCAUUUCCACGGCCGUGAUGACCUAUACCAAGCACUUUGACCAGCACGGCCGCAUCAAGGAGAUCCAGUAUGAGAUCUUCAGGUCGCUGAUGUAUUGGAUCACCAUUCAGUACGACAACAUGGGGCGGGUCACCAAGCGAGAGAUCAAGAUCGGCCCGUUCGCCAACACCACCAAAUACGGCUAUGAGUACGACGUGGACGGGCAGCUGCAGACCGUGUUCCUCAAUGAGAAGAUGAUGUGGAGGUAUAACUACGACCUGAACGGUAACCUGCACCUGCUGAACCCCGGCAACAGCGCUCGCCUCACCCCGCUGCGCUACGACCUGCGGGACCGCAUCACGCGGCUGGGGGACGUCCAGUACCGGCUGGACGAGGACGGCUUCCUGCGGCAGAGAGGGGCCGAGAUAUUUGAAUACAAUUCAAAAGGUCUUCUGGAGCGGGUCUACAGCAAGGCGGCCAGCUGGACCAUCCAGUACCGCUACGACGGCCUGGGCCGCCGCGUGUCCUCCAGGAACAGCCUGGGCCAGCAUCUACAGUUCUUCUACGCCGACCUCAACUACCCCACUCGGAUCACACAUGUCUACAACCACUCCAGCUCCGAGAUCACCUCGCUGUACUACGACCUGCAGGGCCACCUGUUUGCGAUGGAGAUCAGCAGUGGAGAGGAGUUCUACAUGGCGUGUGACAACACUGGGACUCCCCUGGCCGUGUUCAGCAGCAACGGACUACUGCUGAAACAGGUGCAAUACACGGCCUAUGGAGAGGUGUAUUUUGACUCCAACCCAGACUUUGUGCUGGUGAUCGGGUUCCACGGGGGCCUGUACGACCCACUGACACGCCUGCUGCACUUCGGGGACCGGGACUAUGACAUCCCUGCUGGGAGGUGGACCACCCCAGACAUCGGCACGUGGACACGCGUGGGCAAGGAACCGCAGCCCUUCAACCUGUACAUGUUCCGGAACAACAACCCUGUGAGCAAGGUCCACCAGGUGAAGGAGUAUGUCACAGAUGUAAACAUCUGGCUGGUGACCUUCGGGUUUCACCUCCACAACGCCAUCCCAGGGUUCCCCAUCCCCAAGUUUGACCUGACGCAGCCCUCGCUGGAGAUGAAGAAGAGCCAGCUGUGGGAUGACCUGCCUUUGAUCUCAGCAGUGCAGCAGGAGGUGACCCGUAAGGCCCAGGCUUUCCUGUCCUUCGAGCGCAUGCCCGAGAUCCAGCUGAGCCGCCGGCGGGUGGACCGCGACAAGCCCUGGCUGUGGUUCGCCACCGUCAAGUCCCUCAUCGGCAAAGGGGUGAUGCUGGCCGUGACGCAGGGCCGCGUGGUCACCAACGCCCUCAACAUUGCCAACGAGGACUGCAUCAAGGUGGCGGCCAUCCUCAACAACGCCUUCCACCUGGAGGACCUGCACUUCACCGUGGAGGGCCGCGAUACGCACUACUUCAUCAAGACCAGCCUGCCGGAGAACGACCUGGGCACGCUGCGGCUCACCUCUGGUCGUAAGUCCCUGGAGAACGGCGUGAACGUCACCGUGUCCCAGUCCACCACGGUGGUCAACGGACGCACGCGGCGCUUCGCCGACGUGGAGCUGCAGUAUGGCGCGCUGGCGCUGCAUGUGCGCUACGGGAUGACCCUGGACGAGGAAAAGGCACGCAUCCUAGAGCAGGCGCGGCAGCGGGCGCUGGCCAGCGCGUGGGCGAGGGAGCAGCAGCACGUGAGGGACGGGGAGGAGGGCGCGCGGCUGUGGACCGAGGGGGAGAAGCGGCAGCUGCUGAGCGGGGGCAAGGUGCUGGGCUACGACGGCUACUACGUGCUCUCUGUGGAGCAGUACCCCGAGCUGGCGGACAGCGCAAACAAUAUCCAGUUCCUACGCCAGAGUGAGAUAGGGAAGAGGUAACACUGCUGGAGGAGCACAAGCGCCCAUGGCUCCCGCUCCAGACUGCACAGAAGCCAUGGUCUGUUCUUAAAGAGAGAGACGUUUAGCACGGGCUGUCACUCAGCCACUGAAGGAUGGCCAGUGUUCGUUUUUUUUUAAGAAAAAGUACAAUGGUCGUAUAACAAUCAUUACUGAAACUACCGUCGGCAAACAUUUUAAAUGUUUGCCGUUGAAAAAUGGGAGCUGCCAAGGAAGUUUGAAAGUCCUCGGACCCUUUUGAGCCUUUCACCAAGCCCCCCCCCCCCCCCCACGGCGGCCCUCUGUCCACCCCCCGAUUGGCCGCCUCAGCCCAUUCCACAUGCUGUGAGACAGCGCGAUGUGGAAUAACAUGAGGAUAUUCAGAAGGACCCACCCGUUUGAGUGUGUCCCCCACGUGAAUCUGAUGUCAGAGGUUGUAUACUAAGCAAGGCGCAAGGACUGAACCAUUAUAGGUUUGCAGACGUCUGUAGGCUGUGUAUAUCGCUAAAUGGAUGUACCGGGCUGUAUUUUCACAGAAGGAUCUGUUAAAAUAUACUAUGGAACUGCCGUGGACUCUCUUAAAGAGAUAGACACACAAAAGACUUCUGUUUAUAAAAGUACACAAGGACUUUCUUGUUCUGUUAUGGUUAUGUUUGUUUUUAUAUAUACUUUAUUGGAUUGCUUUGGACAAAAAAAGGGAAACAUAAAAAAAAGAAAAGUUUACAUGUGAUAACCUAUACCACUAUUACUACUACUACUAUUCCUACAGCACCUCUGGACUAUUAACCAUCAUCUGAGUAAGGACCAAUACACUUUUCCUUCGCCAUAGAGAUCUGUUGUCUAUAUUACAAUUGGUCAAGUUUGAUGGAAAUAACCCCAAUUCUCUCUUCCCAGGGCCUUUAAAAUUCAGGUCAUGUCAGCUGCAAUGUAAACAAUCAAGGUUCCUUUGACAAAUGUGGGAGGAACAAACUUUGGGACCUGCGCUGGGACCAGUUAAACUAAACUUUGUGGAUGGAUGUAUUCUCGGACCAAGUGGCUCCACUAGUCCUGUAACAUAAACACACCAGUAGAGCAGCGGGCUCACAUUAGCUCAUGGGUGGCUAUGUGCAAAAUGUGUAGACCAUGUGCAUUUAUUGGCCUGAUAAUGUGUAGAGGUAGUAGUCUUGCUUGCCAUAGAAACAUGUUGUCAUGGUAAAAGAGCUUUUGGGAAGAAUUGCUGCAAGGAGUUAACAAUCGUUGCCUCUUUAGUUCUUCGCCUGUUUCUCGCAAAAUUCAAGCGUAUUGCCAUCAGUGACUUUUACAGAAGUGGUAAUGGCUCCGAAACAUACUUGGAUGUUUUUUCCUCAUUGAGCGUGGGGUCUCUGUUCGCUAGAGGUUUUUGUUUGUUAUUGUGUAUGUGUGUGUGUACAAGGAAGUGACCGCAUAUUAAUGCAUUUCAAAAGCUAAACUAGGAAAUUGAGUAAUAAUGGAGUUGAAGUGUAUGAAGGUGUUAAAUGAUACAUUUUUUUAAGUUGAAAAUAAUUCACUUAUCCGUACAUCAUUAUUAGUCUCAGAGAAAGUAAUUCAUGUACAGUGUUUCUACGUUAAAAAUAAACUUUAAAAAUUCCGUGAGGUUUACAAAGUGUUGUUUUC